CUACCUGGGCUGGAUGCAUUUUAUCGGCCUCGGUGUUCCGCAAAAGGACGUCGAUGCGCUCGACUACUGGCAGGAAGUCAGCACCAAGUCCACCAACACAAUGCACAAACCCAUCGCCACCCACAUGCUGGGUUGGAUGCACUACCUGGGUCGGGGCACCCAACGAGACGAGCCAAAGGGCGUCAAGCUCAUCCGAAGCAACAAAUCGGACGAGUUCCCACUCGGAGAAGAGAACAGCUUGGCCGCCUAUGGGCUUACUUGCUCCGAGGAGUUGGCCGCCUGCAAGUUUUUUGAGCUGUGCCGGCUGGGAUCCGAUCAAGAGUGGCUCUGCAGGCAUCUCAUGGCCGUGUGUUUGGUCCAAGGGUUUGGUACAGGAAAGGUCCAGAAGAAGGCCGCAGGAAUCUUUGCCCAGCUCGCUGCCCAGAAUCAUGGCGACAGCCAGCAUUGGCUGGGAACGUGCCAUCUCUGCGGCUGGGGAGCACCCAAGGACGAGUCAAAGUCUUUCCAGUGGUACAGUAGUUCCGCCAGCCAGGACAACUCGUAUGGACACUAUCGUCUCGGCGGAUGCUAUUUCCGCGGAUGGGGAGUUGCUCAAAGUCAAACCAUGGCCCUCAAGUCGUUCCGCAAGUCGGUCGAACAUGGAAAUCGCUACGGCCAGUAUCAGAUGGGCUUCUGCCACCAAUUUGGCAUCGCCGCUUCAAAGAACAUUGGCACCGCCAUUUUCUGGUACCGCAAAUCUGCUCAACAGGGAAACGACUAUGCCGUCAAAAGGCUCGAAAAGCUUGGAAAGUAGCGUGCC